AUGAAACCAACAGUAAUGUUCGUUUUACGACGACUGAUUGUGUUUUCAAGACAAAGAUUACCAAUUCUUUCUUUAAACUUUGUGAUGCUCAUGAGGAUAAGAAAAAUUUUAAAGUUUUAGAUUCUGAUGAUAUUGCCCGGUAUAUCAGUGGACGUCGUUUGUUGGCAAGUACCUCGUGGGAUAAAGUGGAUUUUAUUCUUAUUCCACUAAACAUUAAAGAGAAUCGUCACUGAUUUUUUGUGGUGUUUGAUAUUGGGCAAAGGUCUUUGGAGGUGUAUGAUUCUUUUCCGGCUAGGGGUGGGGUGAAUUUAGAGGUAAAAAAUAUUGUUGAGAUGCUAUCGGUUGUUUUACCAUAUUAUUUAAGUGUGGUUAAGUUCUAUGAUAAGCGUCCUGAAUUGAAGGCAACACCAAAAUACAGUGAGAUAAAUGAGUUCGAGAAAAUUGAGUUUCAUUUCAUAACUAAAGAUGUUCCCAGACAACAAGAGGAUUCGCUGGAUUGUGGAGUUUUCGUUGCUGCAUUUGCGGAGUUUGUAAGUAAUGGCCAACAUAUUCUAAAUCAACAAGUAAAGGCAGACAUUCUCCGAAAGAGAUUUGGAGCUAUAUUAUGGGAAUAUGCAAGAAGGAAGCAAGCGAGUGACCUUCAAAGUGAAGACGAAAGACCAGUUAGAUAAAGGAAUAUAGUUAUAUUAGUUAGUAUGACUAUGAAAACUAUAUAAUGUAAAACAAUUUGUAGUUACUAUGGCUAUGAAAAAUUGUAUUGGUCUAUUUUGUAAGUCUUGAUAUUAUAUACCUAACUGUGUUGUUUAUAUGUAAGUCUUCUAUUUGAA